CUCCGCGGUAUUUUUUGGAGUAUUAGGUGUACGAUAAAUUCCACUGAAUAAAAUAGUACGAGUUGGUUUCUCAUAGAUGAAAUACAAGAAAGGAUGAUUCGCAUUAAAAAUUGCCGGUUGCAAUGGUCGUCCAGAUCGGAAAGUGUAGAGAGCAGUAGCUGCAGCUGCAGUGGUGCCCUCUUCAGUGACUUCGAUUCGCGCACGAUGGACAGCGUCGCCCAAAUGCAAUGGAUUUUCACCAUCCUUAACGAAACCUCGAAGAUCGGCAGCAUUAGGCAUUACCAAUUCGCCUGCACCGAUUGCAUGAAGCAGCGUGCUUAUUGGAAGAUCCUUUUCGACUUCAAAUCGCGGUAAGAUAACAUCGACUUGUUGAGGUGGUAUACCGGAAUCCAAGAGAUCGCGGAGUUCUGUGGAUCCUAAUUCGGUGGAAAUGCGUUCUAUCAGUUGACGAACACUGUCUCUUUCCCCGUUUUGCUCAACGUCAGCGGUGGAUUUUGCGAUGGAAACAGAUGGUGGGAGAAGGACGAACAUUGAGAUUUCAUUGCCUUUAUACGGCAGUUCUAGCACGUGCGCGCCAAGUACUUCGGAAACGACUCAAAAUGGGCAACCCCAAAGGGCAAAUACUGAACCCAUUCAUCAAAAUCGAACAAAUGGAGGAAGGCAACCUCCUCCUAUAAAUAUUCCAAUAACAGUUUCAGAGCAAUUUAGAGAAUCAUGGUUAACUGCUAUUAUUGGACUUAUUAUGUUUGCAACUGGCAUGUGUCUUUUAUUUUGGAAUGAGGGAAGAGCGGUGAAAGUAGCACAUUCUUUAGACGAAGCUUUACAUAAUGUAGCAGUGCUCCCAAAUACGAUGAAAUUAUUACCUGAAUAUGAAGGACGUUUGAUACAUUUAUCAGGUCCAUUAAAGAUAUCAGAACCAUUAACUGAACCUGAUUAUGGCGUGAUUGUAUCAAGUGUGAAACUGAAACGCAGAGUUCAGAUGUACCAAUGGGUUGAGAUAGAAGAAGAAAGAAGCUUUGGAGGAGUAACAGAGGAAGAAAAGCAUUAUUAUUACACAACAGAAUGGAAAGAUAAACUUGUUGAUUCAGAUCAUUUCUAUAUUAGAACUGGUCAUCAUAAUCCAAAAGAAAUGCCUAUUAAAAGCCAAGUGCAGAUUGCAGAUGAAGUUAAGAUUGGUGCAUUUACUCUUGGAACUGAAUUGAAAAAGAAUUUUAAUGAUUUUGUAGAAGUUACCAGUGAUGAAAGACCCGAAAGUAGAGAUAUUAAAAUGCACUCAGGUUUAUACUAUCAUAGCUCUAAUUUAUGGGAACCUGAGGUAGGUGACAUACGUAUACAAUUUUCCUAUGCAGGAAAAGGAGGAGAUAUAUAUUCCAUAGUUGGCAUGUUGCAAAAAGGAACUAUUGUGCCAUAUAUUACAACACAUGGAGAAGAAAUUUUACUUCAACGAAAGCACAAAAUAUCAGUAGAUCAGAUGUUUCAUUUAGAACAUGUGCACAAUUACUGGCGUACGUGGAGUAUUAGAGGGCUUGGAUGGUUAGUCCUAUUUUUAGCAGCAACAUGUUUAGCAAACAUAUUAAGGACAGUAAUUCUGAAUUCAACAUUCUUAUGUGGAAUUAUUGCAGUUGAAUCUUUAACAAUGUCUGUAUCAAUGUCUAUUAGUUUACUAGUAAUUGGUUUUGCUUGGGUUUGGUAUCGACCAGUAAUAGGUCUUUGCCUAGCAUUAGCAUCAAUUUUACCAUUUAUUUAUUCAACAUUAACAUCAGCAUCUCAAUCUCAAAACCGUGAUAAUUAUAGAAGGCUAUGAAUUUUUAUUAAAUAAUUAAAUUUUAUUUAUGUAAAUAUAUUAACAUAUAUCCUCUUUUUAAUUAUA